GGGCAGGGGGCGGGCUGGGGCGUGGGCCUCCAGGCAGCCGGGGGUGGGGAAGGGGCGUGUGUCGGCGCGCGCCCGCCUGGGAGGGAAAGGGCUGGAGCGCAGCGGGUGUCCCGGCCUAGGGAGGGAGCGGCUGUGCCGAGGGCGCCAUGGGGGCCCUGCUGCUGCCCCUGCUGCUGCUGCUGCUGCCGCUGCUACCCCUGUUACCGCUGCUGCUGCCCCGGCUGCCCUUGUGGCCGCGCCUGCGCUGGCUGACCGCCGACCUGGCCUUCGCGGUGCGCGCCCAGCGCUGCAAGCGGGCCCUGCGCGCACGCGCCCUGGCCGCGGCGGCGGCCGACCCACAGGGCCCCGAGAGCGGCUGCAGCCUGGCCUGGCGCCUCGCCCAGCUGGCCCGCCAGCGACCCGCGCACGCCUUCCUGCUGCACGCCGGCCGGCGCUUCAGCUACGCCGAGGCCGAGCGCCGAAGCAACCGCGCGGCGCGCGCCUUCCUGCGCACUCGAAACGGGCCGGCGGGCCUGGCCCCCGGGGACACCGUGGCGCUGCUGCUGCCCGCCGGCCCCGACUUCCUGUGGCUGUGGUUCGGGCUGGCCAAGGCAGGCCUGCGCGCGGCCUUUGUGCCCACCGCGCUGCGCCGCGCGCCCCUGCUGCACUGCCUGCGCUGCUGCGGCGCGCGCGCGCUCGUGCUGGCGCCAGAGUUCCUCCCGUCCCUGGAGGCUGAUUUGCCCGCUCUCCAAGCCAUGGGGCUGCACCUGUGGGCAACGGGCCCCGAAGCCCUUCCCGCCCUCAUGUGCGACCUACUGGCUGAGGCCGAGGCAGAAGCAGACGAGCCAGUGCCUGGGUACCUGUCGGCUCCUCAGGACAUGACAGACACAAGCCUGUACAUCUUCACCUCCGGCACUACAGGGCUCCCCAAGGCUGCAAGGAUCAGCCACCUGAAGGUCCUGCAGUGCCAGGGCUUCUACCAGCUGUGCGGAGCCCACCAGGAUGACAUCAUCUACCUGGCCCUCCCACUCUACCACAUGUCUGGCUCCCUACUGGGCAUCGUGGGCUGCCUGGGCAUCGGGGCCACCGUGGUGCUAAAGACCAAGUUCUCAGCCGGCCAGUUCUGGGAGGACUGCCAGCAGCACGGGGUGACAGUGUUCCAGUACAUCGGGGAGUUGUGCCGCUACCUCGUCAACCAGCCCCCAACCAAGGCGGAGCGGGGACACAAGGUGCGGCUGGCCGUGGGCAGCGGGCUGCGCCCGGAUACCUGGGAGCGCUUUGUGCGGCGCUUUGGGCCUCUGCAGGUGCUGGAGACAUAUGGCCUGACCGAAGGCAACGUGGCUACAUUCAACUACACUGGCCAGCCGGGCGCUGUGGGACGUGCUUCCUGGCUCUACAAGCAAGUCUUCCCCUUCUCUUUGAUUCGCUAUGAUGUCGCCACAGGGGAGCCCGUUCGCAACAGCUGGGGCCACUGUAUAACCACCACCCCAGGUGAGCCAGGGCUGCUGGUGGCCCCAGUGAGCCCACAGUCCCCUUUUCUGGGCUAUGCUGGGGGCCCUGAGCUGGCCCAGGGCAAGCUGCUACAGGAUGUCUUCCGGCCAGGGGACAUCUUCUUCAACACCGGGGACUUGCUGGUGUGUGAUCACCAGGGCUUCCUCCACUUCCAUGACCGGACUGGGGACACGUUCAGGUGGAAGGGGGAGAACGUGGCCACCACUGAGGUGGCACAAGUCCUGGAGACCCUGGACUUCCUGCAAGACGUGAAUGUAUACGGUGUCACUGUACCAGGGCACGAGGGCAGGGCUGGGAUGGCAGCCCUGGUGCUUCGGCCCCCACACAAGCUGGACCUGGAGCAGCUCUAUGCCCACGUUGCUGAGAACUUGCCACCCUAUGCCCGACCCCGCUUCCUGAGGCUACAGAACUCUCUGGCCACCACAGAGACCUUCAAGCAGCAGAAGGUCCGCGUGGCCAUGGAAGGCUUUGACCCGAGAGCACUGUCUGAUCCCCUCUAUGUGCUGGACCAGGCGGAGGCUACCUACUUGCCCCUCACCCCUGCCCGCUACACUGACCUCCUAUCAGGGCACCUCCGCAUCUGACAGCCCUCCUGCCUGAGGUGUGAGGGAAGGACUUCAAAGGGUAGGGAUACUAAAGGGGUAGCUUGGGGGUUGGGAAUCUUUUCUAAACCAGAUUUGUAACUGUUCUUUUAUAAUAAAGGAGCCAGAGCAGUGUGGCUCUCUUUCA